UGUGGCAUUUCACAGGCGUUGAUCCAAUGCUGGGAGAGCAAGAUAGCUUGUCUGUUUGUGACGCAGGAGAAAUGGCAUCACCACAACAGUUUCAGGUGACAUUUGAGGAUGUGUCUGUCCAUUUCAGUGAGGAGGAGUGGGCUCUCCUGGAUCCGGAUCAACGGACCCUGCACUGGGAGGUCAUGGAGGAGAACUAUAAGAUGGUGGCCUCUCUUGCUGGUGAUGGAGAGGAGAGUGAAAACGGAGGCGACCUGUGUACAGUGUGGCUGCAAACCCUGAGAUGUGACGAGGAGGAAGAGCAAAGCGUGAUAGUGGAAGCAGACCUCAAUGGAAGGAGCCAAUGGCUCGCCGAUCCCUGGGAAAUCACGGUCCAAGAGAUCACAGAUCAAACGAGGGAGAUUGAGAACUGCCUCUUCUACGAGGAAGACUUUUUCCACCAGGAAUCCUACCUGAACGGCGAUACCACAAGCCGCAUCGAGACAGGGCCACCUAAAUACCAGCAAUUGGGAGAUAGCUUUGGAUACAGUCUACACCUUACAAACUUUGACAACUCCGAUAUGGUGGAGGAGCCGUAUAAAUGCCUGGAGUGCGGGAAAGUCUUCCAUUAUAGUGGAAACCUCACUAGACACAGAAGAAUACACAUGGUGGACAAGCCAUUCAAGUGCCUCUUGUGUGGGAAAGGCUUUGCCGAAAAGAGGAAUCUGAUUGGGCACGAAAUGAACCACAGAGGAGACAGGCCUUACAAGUGCCCCGAGUGCGGGAAGGGCUUUGGCUACAAAGCCAACCUCAAGAGACACCAGAUUUUCCAUCGGGAAGAGAAGUCCUACACCUGCCAGGAGUGCGGGAAAUGCUUCCAUCAGAAAACAGACCUCACCAGGCACGAAAAAAUCCACACGGGAGAGAAGCCAUUUAAGUGCCUGGAGUGCGGAAGAGCUUUUGCUCAAAAGAGGAGCCUCAUAGGGCACGAAAUGAACCACAGGGGAGAGAAGCCCUACAAGUGCCUGGAGUGUGGAAUGAGCUUCAGCCAGAAACCACACCUCAAGAGGCACCAGACUCUUCACACACUGAAGAAAACACACGUGGACAGGAAGCUGCUCUAACUGUUGCAUGGACCCCUUCCUGCCUAGUCU